AUGGGAUGCUAAGAAUCUACGCACUUUAAAUCAUCUCUGUUAAUGAGUCGAGAAUCUACUUUAGACACAUGCAGAAAUUCACCUUUCAAAACAAUUAUAAAACCAAUAAAAGAUGAUGUAUUAGACUUUGAGGAUUUCGAUACAUCAGAAUUAACUAUUGAAUAAACUAGUUUUCACUUUUACGAUCCAAUUUUGUAAAGAAUAGUCACAGUUCCAAAACUAAAAUCAAUAAGUACUUCAAGUAUUCUCACUAGAAGGACAAAUAAUAAGAAAUAUUGA